CUUUCGAUUCAAAAGAGUACGGAAGGAAAAAGAUGGCGGCUGCCAGGUUACCGCACAGAGUCCUGGAAGUUCUUUUCUCGUUUUUAGACAUUUCUGACUUACGAAGUUGCUCGCUUGUGUGCAAAAAUUGGUAUCGUUUUUUGAACGAUGAAAACAACGAUGUCUGGAGACUCCAUUGUGUUCGAAAAUUAGCAGAAGAAGCCCUCAAGUCUGAUGUACUCACAAAUGUUCCCACGUACAAGGCAAAGCUUCGAGCGUUUUAUCACGCAUGGAAUCCAAAUGACUGCUCUAAAAAUGUUUAUAUCAAAUCUAACGGAUUCACACUCCAUCGAAAUCCUGUUGCUCAAACGACAGAUGGUGCCAGAGCAAAAAUUGGUUUUAAAACAGGACGUCAUUGCUGGGAAGUGUGGUGGGAGGGUCCUCUGGGAACUGUUGCUAUGAUUGGGUUGAAGUCAAGAGACUCUCCUGUGCAGUGUCAGGGAUACUUUCCCCUCGUUGGCGGAGACAGUAACAGUUGGGGUUGGAAUUUAGUUGACAAUCAUUUGAUUCACAAUGGAGAUAGCCAUGGCAACUAUCCUCCUCUGAACAAUGCACCAAAAUAUCAGGUCGGGGAACGAAUAAGAGUUAUAUUGGACUGUGAGGACAACACGCUAGCCUUUGAAAAAAAUUAUGAAUUUCUAGGAGUUGCAUUCCGGGGCCUCCCCAACACCCAGCUGUACCCGGCAGUGUCGGCCGUUUACGGCAACACGGAGGUGUCCAUGGUGUACCUAGGACCCCCGCUGGACGGCUGACCCCCCGACCUGUACAGUAAACCCGUGUGUCUGUGUCUACAUGGGAGGAAGCGUGGCUACCUUUGUUUUUGUAAUUUCUUAUUAUCUGUGGACCUGCGUGGAGGAGGUUGGGAGAUGUGUUGUGGGGGUGGGAGGGGGGGGGGGGGUUGGCUGGGAAUAGUAGAAUAAUAGCCUGUGUCAAAUAUUAUGCAUGUUUGGCAUAUAUUAUAUAUAUAUAUAUAUUUUUGUACAUGAUACUGGGGUUUUUUUUGUCUCACGUCUUACCAUAGCUGUGUUAAUGAAAAAAUUAAAAAA